GAGCGGAGACUGGGAGCGAAAAAUCCGGGAUCCGGCAACUUUGGGCAGCGCAUGCGCGCCCGCGGCGCUCCAUCCCAAACACACACACAUUUUUCCCCCGGACUUGGAAAGUCACCCAAAGCCGCCCCAAGUGCAGGCAAACAGAACUCAUUGACUGAAGGCAAAGACUCCUUCCAUCUCACCUGCCCUUUCAGCCGCCACGGUUGUCAACCCCCUCCCAUAGAAGGGGAUCCUGUAACCCCAGCAUUGGAGUGGACUUCGGACACCGGCCUCUUGGGAUGCAAAGGAUGAAGUGACGCCCCUACUGUUAAAGAGGAGCCUCUAGGACCCGCUGCGAGAGUUUGGGACCAAAGAGAGGAGAAUGGAUCUUGGUACAGCUGAAGGCACCCGGUGCACCGACCCGCCCGCAGGCAAGCCCGCGAUGGCGGCCAAGCGCAAAGGCGGCCUGAAGCUCAACGCCAUCUGCGCCAAGCUGAGCCGCCAGGUGGUGGUGGAGAAGGGGGCGGAGGCGGGUCCCCAGGCCGAGGGCAGCCCGCUGCGGCCGCGGGACCGAGAGGCCGGCGUGGCCCGGGGCGCCCGCAGCGAGGAAGACAAGAGGCGGGCGGUGAUCGAGAAGUGGGUCAACGGCGAGUACAGCGAGGAGCCCGCGCCCGCGCCCAGCCUGGGGCGCAUCGGCCGCGAGGGCCUGGAGCUGCCCCCUGAGGGCGUCUACAUGGUGCAGCCCCAGGGCUGCAGCGACGAGGAGGACCAUGGCGAAGCGCCCUCCAAGGACGGCAGCGGCGUGGCCGAGGAGAAGGAGUCUAGUGGGGCAGCCUCCAAGGACGACGGCAGCCCCAGUGCCAAGCAGGCUUCAGGAGAGGCCUCCUCACUCCGGGACUACGCGGCUUCCACCAUGACUGAAUUCCUCGGCAUGUUCGGCUAUGAUGACCAGAACACGAGGGACGAGCUGGCCAGGAAGAUCAGCUUCGAGAAGCUCCAGGCGGGCUCCACCCCUGAGGUGGCCACCUCCUCCGUGCUGCCUGCUUCUGAGGACGCCCUCAGCAAGCGGGCGCGCUUCUCCAAAUACGAGGAGUACAUCCGCAAGCUCAAGGCCGGCGAGCAGCUCUCCUGGCCGGCCCACAGCACCAAGGCCGAGGAACGGGCGGGCAAGGAGGGGGCGGGGCCUCUGCCUGGCCUGCGGCUGCCCAGCAACACGGCCCACCUGGAGACCAAGGCUACCAUCCUGCCCCUGCCGUCACACAGCAGCGUCCCCAUGCAGGGCCUGGUGGCCCGAGCCUCCAAGUACGACUUCUUCAUCCAAAAACUGAAGACAGGUGACAACCUGCGGCCCCAGAACGGAAGCACUUACAAGAAGCCAUCCAAGUAUGACCUGGAGAACGUCAAGUACCUCCAUCUCUUCAAGCCCGGGGAGGGCAGCCCCGAUAUGGGCGGGGCCAUUGCCUUCAAGACGGGCAAGGUGGGGCGCCCCUCCAAGUACGACGUCCGGGCCAUCCAGAAGCCGGGCCCCGCCAAGGUCCCACCCACCCCCAGCCUGGCCCCUGCGCCCCUCCCCAGUGUGCCCAGUGCUCCCAGCGCCCCUGGGCCAGGGCCUGAGCCACCUGCCUCCCUGCCCUUCAACACUCCUGAGUACCUGAAGUCGACCUUCUCCAAAACAGACUCCAUCACCACGGGAACCGUCUCCACUGUCAAGAAUGGAUUGCCCACAGAUAAACCAGCUGUCACUGAAGAUGUAAACAUUUACCAGAAAUAUAUUGCCAGGUUCUCGGGCAGUCAGCACUGUGGCCACAUCCACUGCGCCUACCAGUACCGAGAGCACUACCAUUGCCUGGACCCCGAGUGCAACUACCAGAGGUUCACGAGCAAGCAGGACGUGAUCCGGCACUACAACAUGCACAAAAAGCGCGACAACUCCCUGCAGCACGGCUUCAUGCGCUUCAGCCCGCUGGACGACUGCAGCGUCUACUACCACGGCUGCCACCUCAACGGAAAGAGCACCCACUAUCACUGCAUGCAGGUGGGCUGUAACAAGGUGUACACCAGUACAUCGGACGUGAUGACCCACGAGAACUUCCACAAGAAGAACACUCAGCUCAUCAACGACGGCUUCCAGCGCUUCCGAGCAACUGAGGACUGCGGCACGGCCGACUGCCAGUUCUACGGGCAGAAGACCACCCAUUUCCACUGCAGGCGCCCUGGCUGCACGUUCACCUUCAAGAACAAGUGUGACAUCGAGAAGCACAAGAGCUACCACAUCAAGGAUGACGCGUACGCCAAGGACGGCUUCAAGAAGUUCUACAAGUACGAGGAGUGCAGGUACGAGGGCUGCGUGUACAGCAAGGCCACCAACCACUUCCACUGCAUCCGCGCCGGCUGCGGCUUCACCUUCACCUCCACCAGCCAGAUGACCUCGCACAAGCGCAAGCACGAACGCAGGCACGUCCGCUCCUCGGGCGCGCUGGGGCUGCCGUCCUCGCUGCUGGGCGCCAAGGACACGGAGCACGAGGAGUCGAGCAACGACGACCUGGUCGACUUCUCGGCCUUGAGCAGCAAGAACUCCAGCCUCAGCGCCUCCCCGACCAGCCAGCAGUCCUCCGCCUCCCUGGCCGCUGCCGCCACUGCCGCUGCUGAGGCCGUGCCUGGCGCCACCAAGCCUCCCAACAGCAAGAUCUCCGGGCUGCUGUCCCAGGGCCUGCCCGCGUCCAUCCCGCUGGCACUGGCCCUCUCCAACUCGGGCCUGCCCACCGCCGCCCCCUACUUCCCCAUCCUGCCUGGCCGGAGCAGUGCCUCCCUGCCUGUGGGCACCCCUGGCCUCCUGGGGGCCAUGUCAUCGGGGACAGCGGCCUCUGCAGCCGCUGACACACCUGCUCUGGCUGCCUCGGGAGCCGGCGACUCUGCCCCUGCGGCUGCCUCCUCUGUCCCGGUGCCCCCCGCCUCUAUCAUGGAAAGGAUCUCAGCGAGCAAGGGCCUCAUCUCACCCAUGAUGGCCAGGCUGGCCGCUGCUGCCCUCAAGCCCUCUGCCACUUUUGACCCAGGAAGCGGGCAGCAGGCCACCCCCGCCAGGUUCCCCCCGGCCUCGGUGAAGCAGGAGCCCGGUGAGAACGCUGGUGCCCCGGUUCCCCACGAGGUCUCCCAGGACCGCAGUUUAGACCUCACUGUGAAGGAGCCCAGUAAUGAAUCAAAUGGCCACGCAGUCCCGGCAAAUUCAUCUCUUUUAUCCUCGCUUAUGAAUAAGAUGUCUCAGGGCAACCCCAACCUCGGCAGCCUGUUGAACAUCAAGACAGAAGCAGAGGGCAGUGCCGCCAUGGAGUCCUCGCCCUUCCUGGGCAAGGCUGUGAAGGCGCUGGUUCAGGAGAAGCUGUCCGAGCCCUGGAAGGUGUACCUUCGAAGGUUUGGCACCAAGGACUUCUGUGACGCCCAGUGUGACUUCCUGCACAAGGCCCACUUCCACUGCGUGGUGGAGGAGUGCGGCGCGCUUUUCAGCACCCUGGACGGGGCCAUCAAGCACGCCAACUUCCACUUCCGGACGGAGGGAGGAGCAGUGAAGGGGAACACGGAGGCCUCCUUCCCCACCUCGGCUGCUGAGACCAAACCUGCCUUGGCCCCGUCAUCCCCUCCAGCGCCUCCUGUCACCACAGCCACAGUGUCCUCCCUGGAGGGUCCCACUCCCAGCCCGGCCACCGUGCCCUCCACCCCCACGCUGCUCGCCUGGAAGCAGCUGGCUUCCACCAUCCCCCAGAUGCCUCAGAUUCCAGCGUCAGUGCCUCACCUGCCCACUUCGCCCUUGGCAACGACUUCUCUAGAAAACGCCAAGCCCCAGGUCAAACCCGGAUUCCUCCAGUUCCAGGAGAACGACCCUUGCCUCACGACGGACUGCAAGUAUGCCAACAAGUUCCACUUCCACUGUCUCUUUGGGAACUGCAAGUACGUGUGUAAAACCUCCGGCAAGGCCGAGUCGCACUGCCUGGACCACAUCAACCCCAGCAACAACCUGGUGAACGUGCGAGACCAGUUCGCAUACUACUCCCUGCAGUGUCUCUGCCCCAACCAGCACUGCGAGUUCCGGAUGCGCGGACACUACCACUGCCUCCGGACCGGCUGCUACUUCGUGACCAACAUCACCACCAAGUUGCCAUGGCACAUAAAGAAGCAUGAGAAGGCCGAGCGGCGGGCGGCCAACGGGUUUAAGUACUUCACCAAGCGCGAAGAGUGUGGCAGGCUAGGCUGCAAGUACAACCAGGUGAACAGCCACUUCCACUGCAUCCGGGAGGGCUGCCAGUUCUCCUUCCUGCUCAAGCACCAGAUGACCUCCCACGCCCGGAAGCACAUGCGGAGGAUGCUGGGGAAGAACUUCGAUCGCGCGCCCCCCGCCCAGGGCCCCCCGAGCCUGAUGGAUGCGGAGACGGAUGACUACAUGGACUACACAGGCUGCAGCCCUGGCGCCGUGUCCUCCGAGUCGUCCACCAUGGACCGGAGCUGCUCCAGCACCCCGGUGGGCAACGAAAGCACCGCGGCCGGGAACACCAUCUCCAUGCCCACAGCCUCCGGGGCCAAGAAGCGCUUCUGGAUCAUUGAGGACAUGUCGCCCUUCGGCAAGAGGCGCAAGACGGCCUCCUCGCGGAAGAUGCUGGACGAGGGCAUGAUGCUGGAGGGCUUCCGGCGCUUCGACCUCUACGAGGACUGCAAGGACGCCGCAUGCCAAUUCUCGCUCAAGGUCACCCACUACCACUGCACGCGGGAGAACUGCGGCUACAAGUUCUGCGGGCGCACGCACAUGUACAAGCACGCGCAGCACCACGACCGCGUGGACAACCUUGUGCUGGACGACUUCAAGCGCUUCAAGGCCUCCCUCAGCUGCCACUUCGCCGACUGCCCCUUCUCCGGCAGCAGCACGCACUUCCACUGCCUGCGCUGCCGCUUCCGCUGUACCGACAGCACCAAGGUCACGGCGCACCGCAAGCACCACGGCAAGCAGGACGUGAUCAGCGCGGCGGGCUUCUGCCAGUUCAGCUCGAGCGCCGACUGCGCGGUGCCCGACUGCAAGUACAAGCUCAAGUGCUCGCACUUCCACUGCACCUACCCGGGCUGCCGCCACACGGUGGUGGGCAUGUCGCAGAUGGACUCGCACAAGCGCAAGCACGAGAAGCAGGAGCGCGGGGAGCCGCCCGCCGCGUCCCCGGGCCCCGCCGUCGGCCUGGACGGGGCGCUGUCGCUGGGCGCCGAGGCCGGGGGCGCCCUGCUCUUCCUGCCGCCCGCCGCCGCCGCCGCUGCCGCCGCCGCUGCCUCUGCCGGCGGGCCGGGGGCGCUGGGGCUGGGCGACGCGGGCGAUCCCGGCGACCCCGGCCCCCCCGACGGCCCCGGGCCCCGCGAUGGCCCCGCUGCACCCGCCCCUGGCCACGCGGCCGAGGAGUCGUCGCAGGAGGACGAGGAGGAGGAGCUGGAGCUGCCCGAGGAGGAGGCGGACGACGACGAGGACGACGACGACGACGACGAGGACGACGACGACGACGACGAGGAGGACGACGACGACGAGGACCUGCGCACCGACUCAGAGGAGUCGCUGGCCGAGGCGGCGGCGGCGGCGGGGCCCGGGGCGCGGAGCCCGGAGCUGGCGGCCCCCGCGCCCGCCGCAGCCUCGCCCUAGCCGGCCGUCGGGGGUGGGGGGGCCCGGGGCCGGGGCCGCCUCGCCCGCGCCCUCUGCCCUGGUGGCCACUGCGAUUCCCUUCGUAAGAGAUGCUGUUUCUGGGCAGCGCUGCCCUCGGUCCAGAGCGAGACGGUCGCCCCCGCUGCCGGGCUCGGGGCGGCCCCGCCGGUGCUUCCGGACCCCGAGUCCGUCUCAGGACAGAGGCGGGGGCCUCCCUCUGGUGCUCCGGGGCCGCCCCCGCCCCGCCCGCGGCGCGCGGCCCGCGGCUGGAAGGACAGGCUGCGAGCGACCCUCCUCUGGCUGCACUUCGGGGAUCUUCUUCUUCAGGGAAACAGAAGGUGCUCUUGUCCGGGGUGGGACCGAGGAGCAGGGGCCCCCACCCCCCAGGGCCAGGCGGGCGCCGACACCGGGCAGCCGCCCCCGCGCGCCCCUCCCCGCGGCCGGACCCCGGGCUCCACGACCAGGCCGGUGGGAUUCCUCAUUGCUCAGGACUGGGAAGGGCGCUGGGGGUCCCCGCGACCCCCACCCCUCACCCCCAGAGGCGGGCCCCAGCAGCAUCUGGCAGGGCCUUCCAUUCAUGCAGCUAAGACGCUCCCUCCGGGCCCUGGGGCGUGGGGGGGGGGGGGGGCGCGGGGCAGAGGCGACACUGCAGGGACCGCGGAGGGAACCUCACGGAAGAAUUAGGCGAGCUGGGAGGCCCUGGCAUCUGCUCCCGAGGGCUGGGGCCCUCGGCCUGCCCUUCGGUGACUCCCAGGCCCCAGCCUCGCCCCCUGGGGGGAGGCCGAAGCUGGGUGCGCUUCCAAACCAACGAGCAGCUGCUGCUGGGGUGCUGGGCCCCGCAGGGGUCUGAGCCACCCACGUGGUGGGAACAGGAAGGAUACCACUGUUUGGGGCUUUAAUAUUCAAAAUGGGGGGAAAAAUGCGAGAAAGUUGUACAGUAUUUUUCCUGUAAAGGUUAUUAUUCUACAUAGAACAAAAAAAAGAAAAAAAAAAGAAAAAAAAAAAGGCAGGCGGGCCCGGAGAGCACAGGCCCGCCUCGGACCAGCCCUGAGGUUGGAGACCGAGUGCAAUCGCUCACGUGGGAUUUCGUUUCGCAUUGAUUUUCGAGGCCUUACCAGUCUGAGGCUGUCUGUCCUUACACUAGCACUGACGGGAGCUGCGUGAUUCCAACUUUUAACUUGAAUUUUGUAGAAACAAGGAAAAAGGACUAUUACUGUUGAUACAAGUUUGUAGUUAACUUAACAAUUGAGUUUUUCUCUAUUGGUUAUGCGUGUGGCUUUAUAGGGCUUUUUUUUUUUUUCCCAGUUUGUUUUUAUUUCUUGUUUGUUUGGAUGCUUCUUUACUGGCGCAGCCCACCCAGAUUUGCUUCCCUUUGCAAAACAUUCCCCCUUCCCAGAGUGGAUGAGGUCACUGAGCCCAGCUUGGCAGGGCGGGGGGGAGGGCACCGGGCGGCCCGUGGCUGGGACAGGCACGAGGGCAGAGGGCCCGAGCUGCCCGUGUCUCCAGUCCUGGCUACCAGCGUGGCUCAGGUGGGACCCUGAGACUCGGCCACAGGGAGAGAGCCGUGCCCAGCCUGGAGGAGGCCUGUCGCCUAGAGCCUCCCGGCAGAUCUCCAAGGGGAGCCCCAGAUGGCAGGGGGAGCUGGUGUUUUGUUUUUGUUCUUUUUUUUUUUGGUCUGUAUGUGUGUGCAUGUGUGUACGUAUGUGUGCGUGUGUAUGUGUGUGUGCGUGUCCUCUUGGCUGCCCACAGCCAGAGAGCCAGGAUCAUCUGCACUGGAGAGGGAGGGAGGAGCGGCCACACGGAGCGUACCUGAUUCAACGGGCAGCGAGUCGUUGUCUAAAACAGCCCCUACCGGAGCCUCCUGAAUUCUGCGGGCGCCGCGCGCUGCUGCCAGGCACCUGCCCAGACUCUGUGCCCCAGCGUCGAACCGCUGGGUGUGUGGAGGGAGUUUUAUAAAGGAAAACAAACAAAAAAAGAAAAAACGACAACAACAAAAAAAACAAAACACAAAAACAUUUUUCAAUGUAGCAGAAUUAAAAAGAAAAAAAAAUCGAAGAUGCCGACAGUGCGAAGUCUAGCCUUUUGUAACCUCCAUGUUGCACACUAGGACUAUAAGCCAUUGCUAGCUCAUUUUGAAUUUUAAUGUGUAAUUCUUGUUUUCUUUUCUUUCUGUGGGGAAAACAAUGCUUGAUCCACCAAUGCUCUUUUUAAUGUUUUAUAACUAUGUAUGUGUAUAUAUAUAAAUACAAAAUAAUAUGUAUGCACAUAUGUGUGUAUAUAUCUAUAUGUAUAUACAUAUAUAGAUAUAUAGAGAUAUAUAGAGAGGUUUUGAGACGAAAAAAUGCAGAACGUGAAAACCGAACUCAACAGCGUGUGCUCUGAUUACUUGAAUCUGGUCUCCUCGGCACCUGGUUAACUGAAUAUUUUUCCACUUGAAUUUAGUGCUAUUAGAAAUUUAAUAUAUGUGUUUUAUUUAUUUGAUUUUUUUUUUUUUUUUGCAUGACUGAUGCAAGGUUUGACAUUUUCACUCAAUAAAAACUGGAAAAAAAUCUA